AUAUAGCAUUACAUUCUUGUAGGCGACAGCAGAACUUGAGGACAGACCUUUUCACAGAGUGAUUCUACAGACAAGCUAAUAGGGUUAGGCUUAGAGAAUGUGUAAAGGGUUUGCAGUCUUACAGCAAACAUGUCUUGAGAGAGCUAAACAUAUCAAGGUGAAGUUUGGUACCCUGCUCCAGAGGCCAGACCAUGAACACACUGAGGAUGUCAUCCCCUUUCAGAAGAAACCUGAGAAGGUCAUCCCUCUUCAGAAGAAACCUGAGAGAUGUCUGGAGACGCCUCCGAAGCAUGCCAGACCAUCAAGAGCGGAAGCUUGGCAGUGGGGGAAGGCCCUGGACAAUGUACUGACCAACAGCUAUGGCCUGGCUACUUUCAGGGGCUUCCUGAGGUCAGAGUUCAGCGAGGAGAACAUUGAGUUCUGGGUAGCCUGUGAGGACUACAAGAGGACCAGAGAAACAAGCAAAAUGGCAGCCAAGGCUGAGAGGAUUUAUAAGGAGUUUAUACAGACCGGAGCCCAGUGGGAGGUGAACAUUGACCACAUCACCAAGGACGUAACAGUAAGGAACUUGGGCCGACUGACUCCUAUGACCUUUGACCUAGCCCAGAGACAGGUCUUUGCCCUCAUGGAGAAAGAUUCAUACAGGAGGUUCCUCAAAUCCAACCAAUACCAGGAGAUUAUACAGUAGAAACUCAAACACUGAUUGGCUAGAGUCGUGUCAUCAGACUGAUUGGUUGAUUGAUUGAUUGAUUGAUUGAUUGACUUGAUUUAUCAAUCAUGUCAUCGGACUGAUUGGAGGGUUCGUUGGGUGAUUGACUGAUUUAUUGAUUGGUAUGUUAGUCAUUUUUUGGAAUCUGAUAUUUAAAUUACACACUAGCAUCUAUUUACCUGAACCAUUAUUCAACUGAUACAGUGUCUAAAGGAAAUAAAUAUUACACGCAAAACAUAAUUUUAGCACUGCAAUGUAUAAAUGAAUACUUCAGAAGUAUGACGAAGAGUGUGUGUGUGUGCGUGUGUGUGCGUGUGUGUGCGUGUGUGUGCGUGUGUGUGUGUGUGUGUGUGUGUGUGUGUGUGUGUGUGUGUGUGUGUGUGUGUGUGUGUGUGUGUGUGUGUGUGGUUUGAGGAAGGAUGGGGAGACAAUGCAGUGAUUAACCUCUAUUCACAUAACUAGCUAUGCACACCGCCAACAGAUGAUAUAGUGAGGUCAUCAGAGCUUUACCUGACAUGCACCACACACCUCUCAAAAUAGAAAGUGUCUUCAUUCAUUCAUUCAAUUAUUUCAAUCUGCAAUAAAAAAACAUGUCAAGCUAUGUAA